CAAAUUUCCAUAUAGAUGUAUGUUACUUUGAAUAAAUAAAUUAUUUUCAUUCUAAAUCACCUCUGAAGUAUCUUCUGUUGAGCAGAAUAGUUCCUAAGGAUUGUGAUGUUGGUAUUCAAGUUCUCGUUGUUGUUUCGUCUCAUCUUUUGUUGUGGUUUGCAGGCACAUGAGAUAGAUCAUUUGGUUAUUCCGACCAGAGAUUACCUAUUUGCUCCUUCAUUUGUGGAUAUUAAUAGAGCAGUUGAUUUCAUUCACAGUUACUGAUCUUUCUUUGACCAUGAAUCUGUUACAGUUGUGUUUCUAUAUUUUCUGGGGUUUUGUUGAUACACACCUUUUUUCUUUUUGGGUUUCCUUUGUGGGUGCAGAGAAUGCAACUUGCUGUAAGGCUACUUAUGUGCACUGUAAAGCAGGGAGGGGAAGGAGCACAACAAUUGUGCUUUGCUAUUUGGUUGUGUAUAAACAAAUGACUCCUGCUGCUGCAUUGGAAUAUGUCCGGUCUAUAAGACCUAGAGUGCUGUUGGCUCCUUCCCAAUGGAAGGCAGUCCUGGAAUUUAAGCAGCGGAGAUUAGCUUCUACUGCACUACCUCCGGCAGGGGAUGUUGUUGUGAUUACAAAAGCAGAUUUGGAAGGGUAUAAUAGCCCAUGUGAAGAUGUUUCUAGCAAGGAGCUUGCAUUAGUCCCCAGAGUGGUGAGGAGCAGGCCGAUGAUUGCAAUGUUAUCCUGCCUCUUUGCAUCCCUCAAAGUUUCUGGUGGCUGUGGACCCAUCCCAAGGCAGCUGACAGAGGCACGUGCCUGCUGAGCUCCUGUGCGUUUUGGUAAGCUGGUUGCUUGUACAGAGGAGCAUCACGGUAAUAAGGUGAAUGGAAAGAUCUAUUUCCCAUGCUUUCGGUAGUCUUGUGUUUAAGAGAGAAUAUGAGAAAUAAUAGAAAUGCAAUUAGUGACAGUGGAAGAGCUUUUCAAUGAUGUGUAACCCUUGUAUGACUUGAAUUGUAUCUCUAUGUAAUUGCAUCAGUUUUUGUUAGUCAUGUCUUCAGCUCAUAUAC